UUUUCCAUUUUCAAGUUUCUGUUGAAAGAUUAAUUAUUCAUUUUACUUAUAAUUUAAAAAAAUUGAAAUAUAUCAAUAUAUGAAAAUUUCUAAUAUCGGAAUGGAUUUCGUAAAAGUACAUCCGAGACUAUUAUUGGUGCAGAACAGCAGAAUAAAUGCUUUGUCGACGAAAUCGUAUGGUGUCGAAUGGCCUCGUCCUUGAUUAUUAUCUUAUUUGAGCAUCUUGAGUUCGUCAACGAUGUUUUCAUAUAUGCGUAUUCCCGAAUUCAUUGACCUUGCGGCAUCAGGUUUCCAGUAUGGUUUUAUUUAUUUUUAGGAACAAAUCAUCCUUCUAUAGUGAAAAAAAAUAUGACCUUCAUUCGAAGAUGCUGGUGGUUGGCGAUUUUUAUGUUUGAAAAACUUGCAGAAUCCUUGUGAAUAAAAAUGCCGGUAUGCGGUAGAAAUUCUUACUGACCAUAGACAAAGACAAGUUUCGCGCACUUGAAACCGGCUUUACGGGCAAGGUCAAGAAGAUUUAACCCAUACUAGUACAAAAAGAUUACCCCGAGUCUCGUUUCGACCAGUCCAAAGUUCAUAUUCUAGCACCGUAUUCAUAUAUAUAUAUACGAAGGGAACUGCGACGUUGUGACCAUUCUUCGCUGCAUUUUGACUGAGUUGUGGCGAAACAAUCGUCGCAUCGAAACUUUUGAAACUCUUGAAAGAAUCAAUCUCUUAUAACCGUUGUUCAAAAUCGAUUCUCUGAUUUUUGAACGCCACGAGACCUCUUCGAUCAUGUGGGGUCAAGGAAUAAUAAUAUUGACUUUGGUGUCAUUGAGCGUAUCGACAGAAAAUUGCUCCAGCGAAAAAUCCGAUGACUGUCAAAAUAUUGUGGGUACAAGCACCGCCAAGUUCAAUCAGGACGUUGACUGGGAAAAAGCUACUACCAUUUAUCAAUUUCAAGCAAAUGACAUAAACGGCAAAAACGUUUCGUUAGAUAAAUAUCGAGGACACGUUCUGGUUGUGGUCAAUGUGGCAAGCAAUUGUGGAUUAACGGAAACAAACUACAGACAAUUGGAAGCUCUGUACGAGAAAUAUGGUCCGUCAAAGGGUUUGAAAGUUCUAGCUUUCCCAUCUAAUCAAUUUGCUAACCAAGAGCCUGGAACUUCAGCAGAUAUUUUGAAUUUUGUCAAAAAGUACAAUGUUCAAUUUGACUUGUUCCAAAAAGUUGAUGUUAAUGGCGACAAUGCUCAUCCGGUGUGGAAAUGGCUAAAAAAACAAUCUGGCGGAUUCCUCACUGAUGAAAUUAAAUGGAAUUUCUCCAAAUUUGUUAUUGACAAGGAGGGCCAUGUUGUAUCACGCUUUUCUCCAACCACUGAACCGUUUUCUUUGGAAGAUACUCUGAAAGCUCUCUUCUAAGUCACUAACACUGAAUUACAAAGCUCGCACAUCAAUGUUUAUGAUUUUUAGUUACAAAGAACAUGAGUUUUCAAUAUUAAUAUCAUGAAAAAAUAUCUAAUUUCAGUUUUGUGUUUUCGAUAAAUAUUUUGAAUUAAUGCGAGCUAGGCAUUCUUAUGUCCUGUUUCUAUAAUGAAUUAUCGCCUUCACAUAACUGUUUAGUAUUAAUCCUAAGCUAACUCAUCAAUUGUUUGAAAGAUACUCUUGUUUCUUCAUCACACUGUAUUACAUUGUAUUGCUAUUUACUACGUAUUGCAAUACUCAGUGACUGUUCUCGCUCGUUCAUUAGGAAAACUGGAAAAUAUCUUAUAUUUUGCAAACAAUAGAUUAUUUGGCAGCGUUUUCUCAUGUAACGAAAAUACUUUAAGAAAUAUUGAACAACAUAAACUAAUUUUUUAAUGGACGUUAGGCUUUAGCGUUUCAAAUCUAUUGAUAUAAUACAUUAAAGUGAAAUCAACAUUUAAAAGCUGUUAACCGAAAAUCUUAUUCUUUCAAACCACACGAUUAAAUCCAUUUUUACAUCUAUAUGUAAAGAACAAAAUAUCGAAAUUUUAUAAAAUCACAAACAUCGAAUCAUGAUAUAUUUGUUCAGUCGUUUUUGAUUUUGAAAACCAAACUUUUUCCAGCGAAAAGGCUGAUUCAGUCAAAUAUUUUAUUCCUCAAAACUCUAUACAACCGAUUUCGUAAAUGCAGGAUCAUGUUUCCACAAAAAUCAUAUUUAUAUUUAGAAUUGAUUGUGCUAUACCGUCGAUAAUAAAAAAUAUCAUGGUCGUCUCCAUAAGGAGAUGCUGAUUUAUAAUUCGUCGUAUUUUUAACUGAAAAUGUAAAUAAUCAUCUCGGACAACAAUAUCGAUAUAAACGUGCUUAACCAAUCGCAAAUAUAUAUGUUACUGCGCACUUGAAACAGGCUGCAAGGACGAGUCAAGAUCGAACACGUGUCGUGAAAUAAUAUGCACAUUUUCGGUUCGAAGCCAUAUUUUUUUGGUUAAAUGUAUAGGAAGGGUAUGUUUUAUUAGCAUCAUCGACAUAAGCUGACUUCGCAUACGCCAAUUGAGCAUUCCUCGAUAAUGUGGAAUGAGUAAUUACAAUCUUUGAAAAUCAUAAGUUCUCCCCUACGAGUUUCUCAUAAUUUGAUCAACUCUCUGAGAUUAUCGAAGAAGACAACUAAAAUUUGUAUAUCUACUCUCAUGUUGAAGAAUCUCGGAGAGUUGGUCAAAUUUUUUGAGAAAUUCGUAGGAAAGAAAUAUUGUCCACCCUGUAAAAACACGAAACCGUGCGAAAUUUGUAAAAUAAUUGAACGUCAUCCCAGAACUAUCAAGUCAACACAUAAGUGAGAAAAUUUUAGUCAAUUGAAAAAUGUAUCUAAUUAUUCCAUGCGAUUGGCCUUCAUUACUGAGAAAUUUAAGGAGACAUAGUUAUCCCGAUCUUUUCGACAAAACGUUCUAAUCUCAAAUAGCUUUUUCCCCAUAAUCAGAAUAAUAUUGAAAAAACAAUGGAAAAGGAGUACCAUUUGACAAAGCCCAAAGAAUAUGAAAAUUUUUUUUUUUUCAAUCAAACCAACAUUACUCUCCAAACGAUACGCUCCGUUGAUCAAAAACUGCAUUGAGAUAACUUGAGUUUCUUUAAAAUGCUGUCAAGUUAAAAACUGAAGGGGUAUUGACAGUUGGAGAAAAAGUUUGUUUUUUUUCCUUCCCGAAUUUCGAUAUGAUAACAGAUUGUGGAAAAUAGAUAUUAGAAAAUAGUAUUUUUCAUCACACAUGCACCGAAAAUUUAGAGUCUGUGCAUGCUGGUGAAAAAAAUAUUUGCACAUGUUAAAAAACUUCAGGAAAAAUUGGAAAAUUUUCGGCAAACCCCAAGUCUUACGUUUACAGACUUUUAUCUCGCAUUAUAGAAUAACUGCGAAUAGGAAGAGUUGUGCUCUAAAAAUAAAGCUGAAUAAAUUUUACGAUAGAUUGAAAA